CAAACAUUAGUAAACCUAUUAAUGUAGUAUAUUUCAACCCAAAGUCAUCUUCUGGUUGCUCUCGUUUUUGAAUAUGUGCUGACCAUUUUAUUCUCAUCAUAAUAUAUACUUUUGAACAUUAACAACUUAUUUGCGAGUGCUGUUUUAUUGAUACCAAUUGUAUGGGUAUAGUUCAGCAAAGCGUUCUGCCCUACACUUUGAUGCUUAUAAAUCUUUUUGCCUCCUCUAUCCUCUAGAUUGAUGGAAAAGCUGCUUUGCUAGGAUUUGUGUGGGCCCCAUGGACAAUUGCAACUUACAUUGUUGAAGGGGGGAUGACCAACACAUACACAAAUAUAAAGAACAUGUGCCAUACAGCUCCCGAUGUCUUGAGGUGUCUUCUAUCUCAUCUUGCAGAAGCGAUAUCUGACUAUAUCAUUUACCAAGUUAACUCCGGGGCCCAGUGUAUACAGAUAUUUGAUUCAUGGGGUGGACAACUUCCACCUCAUGUGUGGGAGCAGUGGUCAAAACCAUAUAUCAAAAAGAUUGUGAAUAGGAUUAAGAAAGAGUGCCCUCAUGUACCCCUUAUGUUGUAUAUAAAUGGAAAUGGAGGUUUACUUGAGCGCAUGAAGGACACAAGAGUUGAUGUUAUUGGCCUUGACUGGACAGUGGACAUGGCUGAUGGAAGGAAGCGCCUUGGUAAUGGAAUUAGUGUACAAGGGAAUGUGGAUCCAGCAUUUCUGUUCUCACCAUUACCAGUACUGAUUGAUGAAAUUCAUAGGUUAGUUAAGACUAAAAAAAUCAUUUAAUUUAUGUUAUUUUGGGUUUUUGGUUAAUGCUCAUGUGCAAUUCAUUAAUGAGAUAACAUAAAACGCUGCCUGAGUAGUAUACAUCUUCAUGUUGG